CACAACAUGGCGGGUUUAUUGGUAGAGCAACACGACCAGAGGGAGUACAGGAGACAAACCGAGGGUAAACACACGGCUUAAUGAUAAGGAACUCGACUCGAGGGAGUAUACAUUAUACUAUAAUAUCACAUCAUUAAUAUGAGUUCAUGAGACAAACGGAGGAUACGCAUAAGGUUUAUGGGUAGGGAAGAUGUAUAUGAGAUCAGCUGAGGAUUAUACAUGAGGAUGUUGAACAAAACAACAGUAGAUCCUUCCACGUUUGUACUGAAGAGGACUCUAACGUGCUGGCCAGACCUGAACUAUUACUAGGAUCUCUUCUCUGCUCCAGGAUCCAGUUUUCCACUUUGAGUGUUGCAGGUGUGUGUGUGUUUGGGGGAACUGGGAAGGCCUCGAGAAGCGGCAGGACGAGGUUUGCCCUCCGGACUUGUAUACACCUCUGCUUCGCCCAGCCGUGAGCAGCUCAAACUGGAUCUGGGAGAGCGCUGGUGUCUCGGGGGCGUGUACCAGCAGGGGACUGUGAACAGCCUCCCAACAGGUGAACAGCCUCCCAACAGGUGAACAGCCUCCGACAGGUGCAGUUGGCUGCAGGAGGAGCAUGUUGAGUGGCUUCGGUUGUCAUGGAGCCGCAGGAUAAAAAGCAGGAGGGUCAGGCUGUGGCCCUAGGCCUGUCCACGGGCCUGGCUCUGAGCACGCUGAAGGACCAGCUCAGUAGCCUGCUGGAGCAGCACCAGAUCUCCACACACAGACGGACCUCCCCACAGGAACGGUGGCUGAAGAGCUUCCUGUACCAUGGAAACCGCCACUCGUGUCUCCACUGGCCCGGAGCACUCCUCACCCUCCUAGUGGUGCUGGGACUGCUCUGUUGCCAUGGCAGCCAGCCGGCGGGAAGUUCUGGCAUUGAGCUGGUCAGCGCUGCGGCCCUGCUGCUGCUCUUCACCCUGAACCUGCUGCUGAUUGGUCGACAGCAGAGGCUGAAGAGCAGCGAGAUGGUGCGGCGCCUCAAGACCAUCAUCUCCAAGCUGGACGCCUACCUCGCAGCAGGGCAGGGGGAGAGUUCGUGCUGGCCUCCCUCCCUCUACCCAGACCUUUACACGCCCUCCUCCCCUGCCUGGACCCUGACCUGGGCGUACCGGGACUCCCAGCUGGUCAACCUGCCCGUCAGCCUGCUGGUGGAGGGGGACGUGGUGGCCCUGAGGCCCGGGCAGGAGGCCUUCGCCUCCCUACGGGGCCUCAAGGACGACCAACACAUUGUGCUGGAGCCCGGGGACCACUUCCCCCCCUUCUCCCCCCCGCCCUCGCCGCAGGCCGAUGAGAAGAGAGGCCCACAGAGCCCCCAGCAACAGCGCCUCUUCAAAGUGGUCCGCACACCUGUCCUUGACAGUGUCAGGAACAGCUUGGAGUUGGCACUGUCCCGGCCAAUCACGGCCAUGGACAACGAGCGCUUCACCGUGCAGUCUGUCAUGGCCAAGCUGGUCUGUCCAAUCGUACUGAUGGCGUUCCUCCUGGUGAACACCGUGCGAUACUUCUGUGCCGCCCCCGGACUGACUCCUCCCGCAUUUAACUUCAUCCAACUGCAGUUGAUGGGGGUUCUGCCCAUCCUGCCGCUGCUCUUCCCCAUCAUGUGGGUUCUGGUGAACGCCUACGGAGAGGCCCGCGUCCUGGCUGAGUCCAGCCGAGCCUCUCCCACUGGCCUGGAGAUGCUUCGCUGCGUGUGGAGACAUCUGGUGGGCGUCCUGAAGGGAGAGUCUCAGACGCUCUGCUAUACCUCCAGCCUCUUGCACACUCUGGGAUCUGUUACCGUCCUGUGCUGCGUGGACAAGCAGGGCAUCCUGUCCUGGCCGAACCCCAGCCCUGAGACGGUCCUGUUCUUCAGCGGCCGCGUGGAGCCCCCCCACGACAGCCAGGAGGACCUCCGGGACGACCUGUCAAUCAACUCUUACUGCCGCAUGGAGCAGGACGACGAGGUCCAGGAGGCGGAGGCUCUGCUGUGUCUGCCUAUGGACUCGUCCCUCCAGCUGGGGGAGGGGCCUGAGCCCAGCGAGACGUCCCACGACACGAGUCGUUCGGCGGACACACUCCGCCCCCGCCGGCCGCCCCAGCACCCCUACGCCACGCGCAUCAAGCACCCGUCUGGCUCCAACGUCAGCUUCAGCCACGACACGGAGGGGGGCGGGGACCAGCAGGCCCAGGAGCUGUCGCUGGGCGGCGGCGGCGAGGUGGACGACUUUGUGUGCGACUACCACCUGGAGAUGCUGAGCCUGUCCCAGGACCAGCAGAACCCGGUCAGCAUCCAGUUCGACGACCUGUCGUGGCAGGGCCACCUGUCCUCGCUGAAGCCCCUGGGCCUCAACAUCCUGCUCAACCUCUGCAACGGCGCCGUCACCCAGCAGCUCUGCCGCUUCUCCGACCACCUGUCGGACCGCGCCCUCCGGGAGACCCGCGGCGCCGUGAAGCCCGUGCACGUGCCCUGGGGCCUGUGUGAGCUGUCCCGCCUCAUAGGGUUCACCCCGGGUGCCAGGGAGCUCUUCAAGCAGGAGAACCACCUGGCCAUGUACCAGAUGCCCUCUGCUGAGAAGAUGUGUGACCCCGCCCCCCGCCGGCCCACCAACCACUUCACCAAGCGCCAGCCCCCCAUCUCACACAUCAUGUCCCUGUUCGUACGGGACUCCUCCUCCAAUAACGUCCAGAUGCUGUCCCACGGCUCGGCUGACCUCAUCCUAGAGGCCUGCACGGACUUCUGGGACGGUGCUGACAUCUACCCGCUCUCUGGAUCAGAUAGGAAGAAAGUGUUGGACUUCUACCAGCGGGCGUGUCUGUCGGGCUACUGCUCGGCCUUCGCCUACAAGCCCAUGCAGGUGUCCCUGUCGUCGCAGCUCAACGGCAAGUGUGUGGAGCUGGCGGCGUCGGGGCCCAACCUCUUCGCGGGGCUGGAGCUGCCCUCCACCACCCCCAUCAAAACAGGCUCCCGCAGGAACAGCUGGAGCUCCGACGAGGGCAUCGGCGAGGGCGUGGAGCGGGAGGACUGCGUGCAGGCGCUCAGCGGGCAGAUCUUCAUGGGCAUGGUGUCCUCCCAGUUCCAGGCCCGGCUGGACACCGUGCGGCUCAUCGACGCGCUGGUGGCCGCCUGCAUCCGCUUCGUCUACUUCUCCAUGGAGGACGAACUGCGCAGCAAGGUGUUUGCAGAGAAGAUGGGUCUGGAGACGGGCUGGAACUGUCACAUCUCUCUCACCCCCAACGGGGAGGGGGGGGCGCACUCCAGCCCCGGCCAGGGCUCCUUACACGACGACGCGCACCACGAUUCCCGCGAUGAGGCAGAGGGACCCCUUCUCCAAGAAGAGGAGAUCCACUCCGACCUGGCCAGCUUCCAGCCUACGGACAGCGACGUCCCAAGCUUCCUGGAGGACUGCAACCGGGCCAAGCUUCCCCGUGGUAUCCACCAGGUCCGACCCCACCUGAAGAACAUUGACAAUGUGCCUCUGUUGGUUCCUCUCUUCACCGACUGCACCCCAGACACCAUGUGCGAUAUGAUGGAGAUCAUGCAGGAGAACAGAGAGGUCACCUGUUGUCUGGGCAGUGCCGCAAACUUCCGCAAUAGUAGGCUGUUUCUGCAGAGUAACCUCAGCAUCGCUCUGGACCCGCUGUACCCCUCGCGCUGCUCCUGGGAGACGUUUGGCUAUGCAGCGGCGGGCGCUGGGGGGGGUGGCUUCAACGGGGAUAUGGAGGGACUGACCCCUCUGAGGCUGUCUGGAGAGCUCAACACCCUGGGCUGUUCCGUCUGCUUCCACCAGGGGGAGAGCGUGAGCAUGGUCAAGCUCAUUGAGCAGGCACGGCACACAACCUACGGCAUCCGAAAGUGCUUCCUGUUCCUGCUUCAGUGUCAGCUGAGUCUGGUCAUCAUUCAGUUCCUGGCCUGUCUGGCCCAGCUCCCCCCUCCCAUCAACACCACCGAUAUCCUGUGGUUGUCCUGCUUCAGCUGUCCACUCCUCAGUGUGUCCCUUCUGGGGAAACCUCCGGACAGUUCAGUCAUGACGGUAGCAACAGGGAAGAAUCUAGACGCUAUUCCACGCAAGACCCAGAACUACUUCCUGGGCUGCUUCCUGUUGAAGUUCGGUCUGACUGUGUGUGCCUACCUGCUCGGUUUCGGCUUCACCCUGCAACAGUUCUGCCAGCUGUCAGCUGGCAAGGGGUCGGGAAACAUGACCGAGGACAGCAACAGCACUGAUCCCGACUCCUGCAGUCACAUACUCACCACCAGUGUGUCACAGAGCGCACCACGCUGGUUCGGAGAGCUGUCCAAUGGUCUGCUGCUCACACAGAAGGUCAUGGCCGGCUUCCUGGCCCUGCACACAGUGGUGGUUUCCCUCAGCUAUGUGCACCGCUCCCAGUCUCUGUGGAGGAAGAGUCCCUUCAGCAACACUUGGUGGUGUCUCACCGUUCCCGUCGUCCUGCUCGGCCAGGUGGUGCAGGCCACCGUGGACUACCAGCUGUGGUGCGACCGGAGUUCCCCGUUGACCUUUGCCCUCUGGGACAUCCCCCUGACGGCGCUGCUGCUGGUGUCCCUGUCCCCGCUGCUGGUGGUGCUGGUGAACGAGAUGGUGAAGCUACAUGAGAUCAGGGUGCGGGUUCGAUACCAGAAGCGGCAGAAAUUACAAUUUGAGACUAAACUGGGAAUGAACUCGCCAUUUUGAUUGGCUCUGCUCCAAGGAACUCAUUGUUGCGCACACACCCCUGUGCCUCAUUUCUUAGGGUACAGGACCAGGCCUCAGCCCACACACACUGCAGCUCUUUUAGUUUGAACGUAUAGGGCUUUAGCACAUAUGUCAUAUGUGUAUGACACAUGUGUUCUAUGUGUAUAAUACAUUCAACGCACAUAUUUAAAACUUCUGAUUUCGAUCUACAUUUAAGCUUCUUUUUAUUGGGGGGGAUUGACACAGAAAAGGUGGAGGUGUUUGCAAAGCAUUUAAAGUCCAAUCUUCUUGAUCCAAAUUCCCCUACCCCAACUAACCCAAACCCUAACCAAACCUAACACAAGUAAGCCAAAACUCUGCAGGAAAACUAUUUAUUGAAAGAUCGUUUUAUAGAAGAAGCAUGAGGAAUGUUUUUUGAAGAGGUAAUACUCUCACAAUCGCUUUUAGUUUGUCAUUAAGAUACACACUUCUGCAUGGAUUGUUUUACACACUCUGCAUCACAUUUAUUCAUAUUGUAGGUCCACGGGAAAUUGGAUACAAAAAUGCUUGAGAUUAGCAGGCUAAUUCUGACGGUAUACUCAUUCUCGGAGUUGCCCUGAUUGCAUAAAGAGAAGAGUGGUUUCCAGAUUUGAUGGUGAUUUGAUUGUAUCCUUAAACUAAUCCUAAUGGUUUUUUUUCAAGUGAAAAUGCGAUGCUAGCAUGUACAUGACUGUGUCCACUCUGUUGCCACUGUCCUGGGCUCAAUCGAGGGUCGAGGCCUACAGAGUUGAUGUGCUGUGUUUUAGGGUUGUUGCAUAUUGUUGCAUAUCUACAGGGAAUGAUGUAAUGCUACCUCUUGUAAGUCUGGAAAGCUUGAACAAAACAAAAAAGGGUUAAAAUGAGAAAGCUCUGUAAAUAAGCCCUGGCAAAGACAUUACAUAAUCACAAGAAGCUAUUGUCUCAAGGUCCGCCUCACACAAAAGGAUUAGAUUGUGCCCAAUGCAAGAGCUUCUGUUUUGAUCCAAUAAUUUUUAUGUCCCUGUUAAGAAUGACUGCUCAUGUUAUAUCCACCCACCUCUUGUUUCAAUCUCAACAGGAAGGUCUCUACACGAGACUUGUAAUGUGUGAGAACGACCAUUGGGCUAAACACAACAAUCCCUGCAAAUCCUUGCAAAAAAAUACAAUUCUACUUGCGAGAAUCUUUUUAAUGCAGUCUUCUGGAAGGUGCUUUCUCGAACGGGUGCCUUUACUCUGCCUGACUAGUCGCUCUGCUAUACAACGACGAGUCAUUCCAAUAACAUUUAGACCUAGAAACAAACCUACAAAAUGCCGGCUGCUAUUUUUUGGUAAGCGACAAAUUUUAAAUACGCACAAAUGGUUUGCAAAAGUGAUACACGUGGUUACACGCAGAGGAUUAUAAACUUAAUUUUGCAGUUUGACUUCGUCUCUAAAAUAUCCUCCUGGUUAAUUUGUACUUCUCAUACUGUGCUCCCAAUUGAACACAGUCUUCCUUCGUUUUGCCUCACACAGACGUGAUGCCAUUCAUCCACAACGUUUGCUUCUCCAUAUGAUGUGUCAUGACCACAUGGCAUUUGUUGCCACAACUCACGAAGGCUCAGUUUGAUAUCAUCAGAAUAAAUGAAAGGGAUAUCUGGGUGUUAUAUGGGUUUUAGUUGACCAUAUGUGCCCAUCACCAGUCCUCAAGCCUUUUAUAAGCAUUUUAUUAGGUUAACGGUUCAUUCUCGCAAUAUGAAGAAAUAAACGGAUGGGGGUAGGUGAUGCCAUUCAUGUUGAUGUACCAGCCAUGUAGAUCCUAGUUUAACUCAUGCUGUCUUUUUAAGGAGUCACCGCAAUGUGUACAUUCUUUUAAAAUGCUGUACAUUUUAUUUUUUUGUUUUCCACAUUUUGUACUUGAGUUAAUUUAUGGUGUCACUGAGAUUCUGUUAAUGUUGCAUGAGAAGGAUAUUUAGUCAGCGUUCUGGUUGGGAAAUCUUUUAGUAAUAUUCAGUUUGUCUGCUAUAACUUGUGAUUUGAAUCACUGAUGCAUGUGCUGCUGGUGUUUAGUCUAACUAUUUUCUGAUGAAACUAGGAAAAACUAUUCAUGCAUAUGAUUGACUGUUGGCUGACAGCCAAUUUGUCAUUUCAUUAGGAGUACUGAUGUUGAUGUGGUUGUUCACAAGAUCCGUAAAUGUAUAUUUUGUAUUUUUUCAAAAGAUAAAUGUUUUCUUUUUUGUACAUUUCGUUUAUGCAUUGAUUUAUGUGAAGUAAAUAAAGGCGGUCCUUUUUUAUCACAUGUUGG